AUGCUUCUUCCACUACUGCUCCUACAGUAAAUAUUUGUGUUUGCUCAACCGGCUGUAAUGGUGGACGACUGAGGCGGAGAAACGGAAUACAACUAGAGUGAAGAAAGAGAGGAAAACGGUCGAAAGUCUGUUUCAGAGCCAGUCGCCGCGAGUAGGACACGGGCUUCGUCGAAAAUGGAUGAACUUAAACAUCAAGUCAUGAUAAACCAGUUCGUCCUGACGGCGGGUUGUGCGGCAGAUCAGGCGAAGCAGCUUUUGCAAGCGGCACAUUGGCAGUUCGAGACUGCCCUCAGUGCCUUUUUUCAAGAAACAAAUAUUCCAUAUGGCCAUCAUCAUCAAAUGAUGUGCACCCCAGCCAACACACCAGCGACGCCACCCAACUUCCCAGACGCGUUGACCAUGUUCUCCAGACUGAAGGCGUCCGAGAGUUUCAACAGCGGCAGCGGGGGCAGUCCCAUGGCUGCCUCCAUGGCCACCUCACCUCCGCCUCCCCAGGUCGGCAGCUGGGGUGUCUCACCAAAUGUAUCUAACGUGCCGCAACCUCCACAGGGACUCUGGACUCAGGGGCAGCCCCCCACGCAGCCCUGCCCCGCCUGGCCAAUGGGUGUGAACCCCCACGCAGGCACUGAGCAGAAGGCCAGUGUAGCGAUGGAGGCUGAGAGAUGAAGGGCAGCAUGGGACUGAAAAGCCCCCCUUCCACCCUUGGGGAGGGAGGGAAACUGGGUUGGUGGGAGGUGAUAAUGGGCAGAAAUGGGUUUUGGUCUUUUUUUCCCCCAGAAGGAUUAAAGGAUAUGGAAAGAGAUGGAAAACUACGCAAACCAAGAAAUACUCAACGAGGACAAUUGAAGAAGAGGAGAAAACCAAUGCAAAUAUCAAUACAAAAAUAGAAAAAAAAAGUUACGCACACAGAUAUGAGUAAUAAGAGAGCAACUGAAAUCUUUGUUAGUUUUUAAGUAAAUGCAUAGAUAAGAGAAAUAUCAUUGAACUAAAACAAAAAAAAAAAAAUCAAAAAACAGAGAUUUUUAAAAAAAUUGUCACGCCCAAGGAUUCUAUGUGAUGUUCAAUGACGUUCAAGGCAGCAAACUUAAUUUUCUUUUUUUUUUUUUGUUUAGUUUUUUUCCUCUAUCGUUUCAGCCAGUGUGUUUUUUUUUUUGCCACUGGUGUUCUGCAACUGUCUGUGCUGCAUGAGCAGAGAGGGACUUGCAAUGCAGUGUUUGAGGUUGAGUCAAAAAUCAACACGCACUUGAGUGUGAGUGUGUACGCAUGUGAGCGGGUGGUCAGUUUGUAAUUGAAAAUACACACACACACAAGUACGCACACAUUAGAGUUUAGAGGAAACACCUCCAUACUGUCAUCCCCAUCGUCAAAGGUGGGACUUUUCUUACCUCACCUGGUGGUCACCUGACUUCUUUCAGCCAAUCAGGGAUUCUUCUUAAACCAACCGUUGCAGCCGCCGCAGGACAUGUUUUUAAAGGUUUUUUCUUAAAGGCAGCAGCCGCGCUGGUUUAUGCUAACUGAUCCUUGCUGCAAUGGCUUUUCCUGGCAGUUUUAAACCUGGACUCAGACCACAGCUGUCCAAUGUAUACUUUUUUCUGGAGAUUUGGGUUAUUACAAGAAAAAUGAGAAAUCAUGUUUCAUAUAAUAUUGUUUAUAAAUGCAAAUUGUUCUGUUUUUGUUGAAAGGUUAAGGGAGGUGGCUUUGAAAAUGGGUGGGACUUCAGGUUGAUUUUUUUUUUUGUUGUUUUUGAAAGAGUGAAUCAAACGCAGCUAAAAUGGCUACAGAUUAGCAAAACGAAAACACGACUACUCCAUCUUUGUAAACAGAAAUGCCACUUUGCAUGAUGUGUUCAUAACGUGUAACAUCUUUUGUAGCAAACAUACAUGAGGUUGAGACAUGUUUAUGGGAGGGGUAUGGAGUUGAAGAUGAGGGUGGGGUGGUGAGUCUCAUUCCCAAAGCUAAUAGGAUUGCAGCAGAUGAGCGUUUCUCUGGAAAGCUACAGUGUCUCACUGUAUGGGCAGAAUCUGGCAAAAUGUCUUGUUAGAUAUGAGAAACAAAAAAGAAGAAGAAAAUGGAUGUGGGGCAGCUUCGGGAAGUCCACCACAGGCUGUUUGGGGACACUACAGACUACUUUCAGAUAUACAGUAUAUAUAUACCCUCAGAUACUGUACUACAGAGGGGUUUUUACAACAUUUAGGUCUCUAGUUUUUGACCGGUCCCUGGUCCAUUGAUACUGCUGAGGGACAGUUCAGGGAUGACCCUGAUAUACCGCAAUAUUUUAAAUACAGGGUCUGCCCCUUUUUUAGUUUCUCCUGUUUGGAUUAUUUUUUCAUUUGAUAAAAUAAGAGAGAGUAAGAAGAGAUAUUUUGAAUAGCUGAAGGUCUUUUUUUAAAAAGAAGAUAAUUGGGGAAAUCAUGGCUAUAAUAAUGAAUAAGCAGCUUCCUUUUUAUUAUUUAGACUAAACUAACGUUUGAGUUCAUUCUUUUCCAUGCUUCAUACUUUAUUUGGUUAAAUCAGAGCGUUUCUGGGUGGGUGGGCCUGUUCCUAAAUGGUUUCUCAUGUAUGUUUCCCCACUUGUAUGACUGUAUGAGACCAUUCCCACAAUAUUUGUGGACUACCUGAUAAUUAACUUAUCAUUUUUGUGAACCUAAAUAAAUAUUGUAUGUCAACCUAA